AUGCAAAUAACAAAGCAAAGAUUUUUUAAAUCAAAAAAUGAAAUAAAACAAGAAGAAAAUAUCAAAGAUGAUGGUUUAUUUGUAUCGGAUUCAGAUGAAGAAGAAGAUUUAGAACCAAAAUCGGGGAAGGAUAGCGAUUAUCAACCAGAUUCAUCAUCGCAACAAUUAGACCCUACGCGUAUUGAUUUAUCAAAAAAUCAACAAUACCAAAAGUUUGCAGCAGAAAUUAAAGAUACUGUUGGUGAAGUAUCACCAAUUAUCCUAACUUAUUUAUUUGACAAGUAUCAAUUUAGGCCAAACUUAGUUAAAGCAGCAAUAAAUGAAUUAUUUACCAAUCCACCAGAUAUUGAACUUAUUAAACAAGGUAAAAUACCAGUUGAAAAUGAAUCAUCAACGCGUCAAAAGAAAUCAGCACCUUUAAAAUCAACUCAAAACCGUCAAAAACGUUGUAUAAAUGAAAUUGAUCCAGAUAUUGAAUUAGAAAAAUUUGCGAAAAAGGCAAAUUUAAUAGCGGAACAAGUUAGAAUAGAAGAGGAAGCACAAUCUUGGAGUAGAUUUGUUGGCUCAUUAGAUCUACAAGCUUGGGCAACUCGACCAACUGUUAAACCAUUAGCAUACAGAAGUGAAUUAUUCAUUAAAAGAUUAAUACCGAGAAAUGCAUCAAUGAAAAACACAGCAAUUAUAAGAAUAGUUCAUCAAGAUAGAGAAAUUGGAAGAAUGCCAGAAGAUAUAACUAGAAUAUUAGCUCCUUUAAUUGAUUUAGAUAUUUGUUCAUUUAAGGCUAUGGUUUUAGAAGAUACAAAAACUAGAUUAUCCACCGGUGAUUCAUUCUUCAUUCAAAUUGAAAUAUAUCUUAAAAGUACUGGUUUUAUUAAGAAUUUAGGUGACGUAGUUGAAGAAGAAAAUAUUAAAUUAAAUAAAAAGAAAGGUAAGAGUAAUUUUAAUUUCAGUUCAGAAUCUGAUGGAGAAGCUGUUUUACGUCUUCGUCAAUUUGCAAUACAAAAUUUAUUUGAUAAAUUAAGAAUAAAACCAUUGAAAAUCAAUGAUGAUGAUGAAGAAGAAGAUGAUGAUGAAAAAAUACUACCUGAAAUUGAAAAAGAUACAGAAACACCACUUGUUAGUAAUGAAAUUAAUUUAGAUCAAUUACGACAAUUUUAUCAGGCCAACAAUGAAAAUAAAUUAUUCGAUUCUUUACCAGAAACAACUGAACCACCGGAAGAGAAUUUCAAUCUAAAAUUAAGAGAAUACCAAAAACAUGGUCUUUCGUGGAUGUUAGCUAGAGAAAAAGAAUUUGAAAUUUUAGAUAUAUUAGCUGGUGAAAAAGUUACAACACAAGCAAGAGCAAAUAUUGAAGAUAAUGGUAGUAUGAAUCCAUUAUGGAGAAAAUAUAAAUGGCCCACACCAGAUAAUGAUAAUAAAUACUUUUAUGCAAAUUUGUAUAAUGGUGAAUUAUCAUUAGAAAAACCAAUUAUAAAAUCAACAUUAAAAGGUGGGAUAUUGGCAGAUGAAAUGGGUUUAGGUAAAACAAUUUCGACAUUAUCAUUGAUUGCAUCUGUUCCAUAUGAUAAUAAUCCACCACCUAAAAUUCUAAAACAAUUACCAUAUGCAUAUAGAACUACAUUGAUUGUAGUUCCCAUGUCAUUAUUAUCACAAUGGAAAGAAGAAUUUGAAAGAUCAAAUAAUAAUUCACAACAUUAUUGUAGAUUAUAUUAUGGAGAUGAUCAAGAAUUGGAUUUAACACCAUCAUUAUGUAAUAACAAUAAUAACAAAAUACCAAUCAUAGUAUUAACUACAUAUGGUACUAUAUUAAAUGAAUUUACAAGAAUUUCAAAAAAUAGAAGAAAUGGUGAAUUACCUAGAAUUGGUUUAUAUUCAGUUAAAUUUUUUAGAAUUAUCCUUGAUGAGGGUCAUAAUAUUCGAAAUAGAAGUACAAAGACUGCAAAAUCCAUAUAUGAAUUACAAUCAUCAUGUAAAUGGAUAUUAACAGGUACUCCAAUUGUAAAUAGAUUAGAUGAUUUAUAUUCACUAACAAAAUUUUUAGAAUUAGAUCCAUGGAAUAAUUUCUCAUAUUGGAAAACAUUUAUAACGUUACCAUUUGAAAAUAAGAAGAUAUCACAAACAUUAGAUGUUAUUAAAAGUAUAUUGGAACCGAUUUUUUUAAGAAGAACCAAAAAUCAAAAGAUGAAAAAUGGUAAACCAUUAGUUGAAUUACCUGCAAAAGAAGUUAUUAUUGAAGAUGUUAAAUUUAAUGAACAAGAAUCAAAAUUAUAUCAAUGGUUUCAAAAAAGAGCUUAUGAUUCAUUUAAAGAAAAUAUGAAACUGGGUCAAAUUUUGAAAAAAUAUACUCAAAUUUUAACACUCAUCUUAAGAUUAAGACAAGUUUGUUGUCAUGUUGAUUUAAUAGGAGGUUCUCAUGAAAUGGAUGAUGAUGUAAUUGAUCAAGAAGAAGAUGAAGAAACUAAAAAAUUUCUUAAAGAUUUAAAAACUGAACAUACUAAUAAAUCGGAUCAAAAUGGUAAAUUUUCAAAUGAUACAGAAGUUAAAAAGGUAAUGUUUACAUUAUAUGAUAAAAUAUUAAAUGAGAAUGAAUGUUCAAUAUGUACAACCACGGCAAUUCCGUUUAAUGAAUUAGUUGUUACUCAAUGUGGUCAUACGUUUUGUUUAACAUGUAUUUUAGAACAUUUAGAUUUUCAAAAUGAUUCAAAUAAACCUAAAAGUUGUCCUAAUUGUCGUGAAUUAAUAUCAAGAUAUAAACUAUUUAAAUUAAGAAAUCAAACCAUUUUAUCAAAUGAAAUUAAAUUUCAUACUGGAAUUGAACCACAAAAGAAGGAAUAUAAAUUUCAAUUAUAUUUAUAUGAUCCAAAUAAAUCAUCAUCUAAAAUUCAAGCAUUAACUAAACAUUUAAAAACUUUGAAACAACAAUCACCAAAUUCAAAAUGUAUUAUAUUUUCACAAUUUUCAUCAUAUUUAGAUUUAAUUGAAAUUGAAUUAAAAUUAAUGGACGAAUUUAUAAUUUAUAAAUUUGAUGGUAGAUUAAAUAUGAAUGAUCGUUCAAAAUUGUUAAAUAACUUUAAUGCACCAAUUUCAAAUGGUAAAAUUGUAAUUUUAUUAUUAUCAUUAAAAGCAGGAGGUGUUGGACUAAAUUUAACUACUGCUUCAAGAGCAUUUAUGAUGGAUCCAUGGUGGUCACCGUCAAUUGAAGAUCAAGCAAUUGAUAGAAUUCAUAGAAUUGGUCAAAAUGAAACUGUUAAAGUUGUUAGAUUUAUAAUGGAAAAUUCAAUUGAAACAAAAAUGUUAAAAAUUCAAGAAAGAAAGAAACAAAUUGGUGAAGUUGUUGGAGUUGAAGAAGAAGAAAGAAGAAGAAGAAGAAUUGAAGAAAUUCAAAUAUUAUUUGAAGAAUAA